AUGGAGGUGGCCGAAAGCAGGGAAACUACCUCGGUCGGUCCGUCCGCCGGGGCAGAAUCCACCGUCACCAAUGGCGAACACCACCUUCUCAUUGCCGAGGCGCUCAUAGAUGAUGAUGACGAUGGACGAUCUAGUAGUCUAAGUGAAAUAGACGAUGUCUCCGAGAAUCUGGCGUUCGACCUUGAGUCUCCUAAACCUGAGAAGGCCAUGACGGAGAACGAUUCAGAGGCAGAAACCGAGCGCAUUGAAGAUUCUCCGAAUAAUAUUCGUUUGAGAAGAGACAUUGUUGUGAGCGCAACUAAUCAUGGUCCGAGCCCCAGCAAGCUAGCUCAGUCAACGACAUACGAAGAAGUCGAAGACGAGGAGCAUGUGCCAGACGAUUCGCCCAGCAAGCCCCGCUCAAAAAAUAACCAGAUCCCUGACCUUGGUGAAGAGACGCCAGAGCUUGACGACUCAGCACUUUCAGAAGGCAUCGGAAAGAAACGUAAACGGCACGGCUCUGCUGAUGAGCUGGGCACGGAACUUGACGAAGAGGACGAGCCUCCUCAGAAACGCCGCGGCUCACUCCGAAGCGAACUGAGCGAUCCUCCCGCUGAGGAUAUUGUGCUGACGCCUGAGCCCAUUGAGGAGGAACCCAUUGAGGAACCUUCCAAGCCCAAUGAGGAAGAUACCCCAGUCGACGAUAUUCCCGAGUCCGACUUGCCAGCGGCUCCUGCUAAGGGAAGAAGGAGUAGGAAAGGCAAGCGAAAGGGGCGGAAAGCGAGAGAUGUCGAUGACGAUGCCGACAUGGCUCUCGAAACUGGCGCGGAAGGCGGUGGGGAUGAUAUACUUGGGGAUGAGGAGGCUGCCGAACGCGAGGAAGCAGAUGAUGGUGAGGCAGCCGCCAAACUUGAAGAAGAAUCAGCAAAACGGGUAUCUGCGAUGGAAUCGCUGGCAGUUUUAGAGCGGGAGUUUGCCGCCUUGCGAGACAAGAUCUAUGAUGAACGAGUCUCUAAACUUAACCGCGAACUCGAAAUGCUCAACGGGCCGAACCCCACACAUCCCGAGUUUCUGCGGCAGUUGGAGUGUAUACAGCGAUAUCGGGACGCCAAGAUCAAAUACGAACAUACGCUGUAUCAGUACCGAAUCAAGGCCUUAUUGAACAAGAGCCUGGCCGAGCGUGCACAAGCGCAUAGUACUUACUUCCAGCGGGUCCGGGACGUUCGUGAAAAACACUCGAGUGCCAUCAGCAAGCAGUUCUAUGCCAUUCAGCAUGAUCGCUUCAAGACGGAUGAAGUUAGUCCGCAGCAUUAUAUUCCAUUUCCCACGCGCCGUUCGCAACAGAUUGCCAACCAGACUGCCUACAAUCAAGAAGUAUCCAUUCUGGCUGGUGUUGCAAAGUAUGUCGGCUUCCCAGCCGCACCUUCACUGUCUGCUGCACGACCGGCGGAGCUUGAAGAGGACAUGGAAAAGAUGGGCAUCUCCAUUGAAACGAGAGUUCCUAUCUCACAUCAUCACUCCACAUUACCGCGAGGCGCCAUGUCGUCUAUGUCGUCGAACGUCUUCCGCGCUGCGGCAGAGGAAGCGUUCCUAGAGCAGACCCCUUGGGCUAACCCACAGCAUCCAAUCCAUCAUCAACAACAAAUUCCACCAAGACCCCAGAGUCGAGUAUUUGAGAACCCUCGGGCACCGGCUUAUACCACACCAGCAGCCCAAAAACGUGUAGUGGACAUUCAUGCUCCCAACGGGUCAGCGUCCACCAUUGCCGAAAAUUCCUCGGCAAACAACACACCCUAUGAUCACGAACAGUCCACCCAGGGUCUCGGGCCGUAUGGGAAUCCCGAAUACGACGCCGACCGACGAUCCGGGUUCCGAUCAUUAAGCUCCUCCCCGCUAGAUGUACGGAAACCCCAUCCAUCCUCGUAUAACACACUCGACAACCGAUCACCACCGCACCGGAAUGCAGGCUACUCACCGCCCCCUGCCCGAUUAGGGCUCUUCCAGUCAAAACGUGACUCAUCACCACCACCGGUGCCCUCCAAACCAGCAAAUUCCAUACAUCACCACGGAUCAGCCGGAGUUCUAGGCGGCUCCGGCUCGAACCAAAUGACAGCCCGAUAG